GCACAUGAAACGCCACACACGGCCUUACGGCUGCACAUGGCCCAAUUGCGCCAAGAAAUUCGGCUCGCGCAAUGACUGGAAACGGCACGAAUCAGGCCAACACUACCUCGUAGAGAUGUGGAAAUGCGGACGCGCUCGUCCAACUGAUGGCGGCACCUGUCUUCGUCGUCCAUUUCUCGCAAAAGAGCAAAUGAUCCGCCACCUCAAAGGCCCUGAGCAUCAGAUGACCACCGCGCAUGAGAUUGAGCAGGAAUGCGAGAAUUUCCAUCUCGCUCGAGAGGGACAUGUUCAUUUCUGGUGCGGUUUUUGCAAGACAUUGAUCGCGCAGCCCGAGGAUACGAUGAACGCGUGGGAGAACCGGUUCAAACACAUCGGUGACCAUUUCGACCAUGAGAAGCGGGAUAUUGAUGAUUGGGUCUGUGUCGAGGAGAAUAAGGCGAAGAAGCUCAUUACGCCUCAAGAUGAGAAGGAGUCGAGGAGAAAAGCCAAGACUGGGUACAGGAACGAUGUUGGGGAUGAAGACGAGCUGGAAGAAUGGUCACCAGACAUGGGGAAUGGUGACUCGAUCACGGCGAUUGGGUCAUUUGGUGAUUUGAAGUCUUUUUCGUCGAGAUCCAUGAUGAACAUCACUGAACAACAUGACCCAGAUGCUCAUGGUGAGAGCGAUGUUGAGAUGUAUACUAGCUAGUAUGACAGGCGAACUUGAUGACGGCGUUGAUGU